GUCCGCUUGGAGGCGCCUUGCCUCCGCCGGAUAUAAGAGAAGAGAGGGAGAGGAAAAAAAGUGUCCGUAUUUGUUGGGGAGGAGGAGGGGAGGAGGAGUGCGAGAGAUGGGCCAAGCCGGGCGGCAGAGGGGAGGGUGUAACUCUGAAAAGAUGAAAACCCUAGUGCCUUGAAUUCACAGCUCCAUCCUCAACAGCCACCACCACCACACAACCAACCACCAUCACCAGCUGCAAAAUCAGCCAGCAGAAGCAACACGAAGGCUCAUUUCCCCUCUCUAUUUUCUCAGCCCUGGUCUGUCGGUGGUCUUUCUCGCAACCACACAGACAGACCACAAGAGACAGAGAGACACACACACACCAACAGCAAGCAGCAACAGCAGCAUCACCACGAGAAGCAAAUCCAGCAGCAGACAGAGCAGAUAGCCAUGUCCCUGGCGUUUGUCGCAUCCCGGCAGCAGCAGCAGCAACAACAACAACAGCAGCAACAACAGCAGCAGCGAAGCAAGAGUGAGGUUAGCCAGGCGAGCAUCCAGAAGAUGUUGGAUGAAAACAACCACCUCAUCCAAUGCAUCCUGGACUACCAGAGCAAGGGCAAGACAUCAGAGUGCUCACAGUACCAGCAAAUGCUGCACAGGAACCUGGUUUACUUGGCAACCUUGGCCGACUCGAGUCAGAACUCACAGUCCUUACUGCCCACGCUGCCAAACCAGAGUCUUGGGAUGGGGGCUGGUGGAGGCCUCCCCCCCGGAGGAGCUCCCCAUUCCCAGAGCCUGCCUCCUGAUCCUGCGCCCCCACCCCCACACAUGCAGGGCCCAAUGAGCAACGGACACAUGGCUGGACCAAACUCCAUGGCAAUGCAGCCUCCAAACCACCAGGCGAGCCCUGCGCUCAGCCUACCGGCCAGCAGCCAUGCCACCAUGGCCGGGUACAGCCAUUCGGUGCCAUCGUCUGGACCAGGAGGGCCCAGCCAGGCUUACAGGACCCCGCCGGCCAGCCAGGGCCAAGGCCACAUGGUGUCUCAGCAACCGGCUCCAUCCCAAUACAACCUGGCACAGGGCUCGGGGCAGCACUACCAGGGCAUGAUGGGCGGUGGGGCCGGGCAGGGCAGCCAGAUGAUGGGGCAGCGCCAGAUGCCCGGCUACUCACGGUCCGCACAGCAAGGGCCGCCGCAGCAGUUUGGCUCGCAAGACGACUAUUACGCGGAGCAGUACUCGCACGGGCAGCCCCCCGCUGACGGGAUGACGCCGCAGUACUACCCCGAUGGAACGGGGCAGUACGGGCAACAGCAGGGCAGCUAUCAGCCAGGCCCUCCCGCCCAGACUUACCCGUCCCAGCAGCAGUUCGGCGGACCCCAGGGAUACCCCAGCCAGGGCCAGGGCUACGCAGGCCCUGCUCAGACUGGCUCUGGGCAGUACGCGGGCUACCCCCAGGGGCAGCAGUACGGCGCGUACCGCCCCCCACAGCCCGGCCCCCCCACCCCACAGCAGCAGCGGCCGUACGGCUAUGAGCAGGGCCAGUACGGAGCAUAUCAGCAGUGACGAGACCCAGUUGUUGUCAGAUGCCCUCCCUCCGUGCCAACCUCUCUGGACCUCCACCAAGCGCCGCCACCACGACAAGGAGCAGGAGGCCCCCAAACAUCCUCGUGCGCCACCCAACACUGGCGCGUGGCGCAUCGUACGCGCGUGCGUGCGUGCACGUUGCGCAUUCUCCUUUUGGAGCUUCUCACCGCAUAUUGCGCACACGCUCGCACGUACGAACAGGUGUGUGUGUGUGUGCGUGUGCGCAUGACAGGGGAUGCAGCGUUUCUGGAAAAAGUAAAACGCUGAAAUAACCCCCAUAAAAUCCUGAACGGCGGACGUGUGCCGAUGCUGCCACCCCUCCCAUCAGUUUUCGAUUUGACCUAACACUCGCCUGUGGAAGUGUCUUCUUGGACGCAUUUUUUUAAAUGGGAAAAGGGUGUACCUCAAAAUAACAUGCCAAGGAAUUCGAACAGUGAAGAAGUGUUUUUAAUUUAAAAUAUCCUUUGAGUGUUGCGAGGUUUAGCCACAACUUGAUGUCUGCGGCAUUCGCAUGUCCGCUUUCUGGGCGUCCCGAUCCGAUGUUCUCUGCUUUUGGGUACUCGGAGCCCAGUGACCAUGAACCUCCAGCCCAUAUAACCUCAUCUAUUUGACCUCUUUCACCUCAUCGGUUUAGUGCACCGAAUCUUAAAUUUCAACUUGUAACUCGAUAAGUGUGUGGUGCCCGCCAUCCCUCGCUCAACCUGACCUCAAACCCAGUAUGCCAACUUUUACUCUUUGACCCCAACAAACGCGUGACUCUGACCCUUCGACCUCUUGGUCGCAUAAUUCAUUUAACCGUGCGUCCGGCCGCGGACGUGGAGCUGUUAACAAGUCGUCGCCAUCGCCGCCGUCAUUAAGCUGUUACAGGCCGCAAGCGCCGUGGUCGUAGCUCGGUGUUCACGCAGUGUUACGAGUUUGUAGAGUUCGGCGUCGCGACAGGUUCUGCUCGCUUCGCAGGACGCGGUUUCUCCCCCUCUUCCCACUGCCACUCCUCCCUGAGCAUUCCAUACGCGUAGAGGUUCACGCCCGUCGUCAUGCACGACGGCCCGGUGUGGCUGAGGUGAGUCACAACCGUGUUUUUCUUCGUUUACUUUGCAGCACACAGGGCCUGUUCCCAGAAUUUGGUGCCAGUUCCACGCCCUCCCUCUCCCAAACUCUGAUCCAGCUUUGCACGUGUACCUAUUGGCAAGAAGCGUGUAGAGCGCAUUGCAGCCAAGGGCUUGGUGUAGGCACUGUCCUCAUUUGUUCCGACAUGGCUUAGAGGGCUACAUUUUCGAAGUGCAUAUGAAAUGUAGCGAACCGCUGUUCCCAGACACGGUGGAAUGCCACCAAGUGUUGGGUGACACGGGUCUCGUGAAUGCACUCCAGAAGUAUUACUGUGGCAUCAUCUUCCAGUGCCAUUCCCACACAUGUGAUACUCUGCUCACUUAAGCAAGCCCAUAUUACCCAAAUGGUAGCAAUCAACAUGCUGUUAAAUUGGUGAUACAAUAAAUAAUAGUUCAGCGUGUCGGGUAGGGCGGCGGAGUGCAGUGGUGGCACAAUAGUUGGUUAGCCAAUGCUAACAUCAAUGGUGAGUGAUAUUGGAACCGUUCCUGGUGUCGCCCCCCCCCCCACCUUUAGCGACCAGGUUGGUAAAGAAUGACGCACAUAGCUUGCAGAGGCUUUCAUCUUGCAGUGGAAUGAAAAAGGGCUGUAAAUGAUAAUUGUACGAUGGGUUUGAGGGAAAAGCUGGACCUUGAUAUGGAGACCGAGGGCUUAGGUUGGUGCAGAUGCUUUAGGAUGAGAUUAAGCAGCAUACCACUACGCAUGGCAUUGGUGGUGGCACGCGUGAGGUAGGUUUGAACAGAUCCUUCGUUGACCUUUAACCCCGAUGAUAAAUAAGCUGCUGCUCUGCUGGUAAAAUGCGGCACCUGGCGUGCCGACCUGGCAAUGGACUGGGCUCACAUGACCUCUGUUAGUGGGUUUUUUAGUGUUUUACCGAUGACGAUUCUACUUUUUGGGUACGUACGACAUUUCAGCGGCAGUGGGGAAGGGAUCUGGAUGGCAAGCAGAUGGAGGGGAAGCUGUUGCCAGGGCGAUGGUGAGGGUGGGGUGGGGGGGGUGGGUUCGUCAUUAUUUAAUAACCUUCCCUGGCCCUUGUGAAAAACUAACUCCUCUCUCCUCCCCUCCACCCGUGUUUGCGUGUAGCUAGGAGGGGUGUGUGUGUAGCUAGGAGGCCAGCUGUACGCGUCGGCUUGGUUGUGCUGAGAUACUGCUCGCGGCUCGGGCCGCAGUAUUAAUCCUGUUCCCACGCUCGCAGUGUUCCGCUCGUCCACGUGGCGUGCGGCGUUGUGUGUGUGCGUGCGCGCGCAUGUCCUGGUGUUCCCAGAUCCAGGGUAUACAAAAAAAACUAAUAAAAAAACUUUCUCUGCAGGGGAUGAAAAUUUUUAAGACUUAAAAGUAAACUUCUAGAUUGGUUUUCUAUUAAAGACAUACCGAUCUUCGAAUUAACCAGCCUAGCAAACACAGCAUAAUUGGCUAAUUAGAGAAAAAAAAAAACCAGUUUACACCAAAAC